AUGAAGAAUUUCGGCUAUCGAAAUUGGGAAUUUGACUGGAGCUACGGUAUUGCAUGGGGCGCAACACUGUUCACUUUCGGUGCAUCACUGUUGCUCAUCUGUGACAAAGAACAUGAGGAAGUGUAUUUCAAAGAGAAGACCAUCUACAAUCCACCGCCCGAAUUAAACUUUAAACUAUGGUUUAUCCGGCGAACAAAGUGGGCAGCUGGACAUAAAUUGUUGUCCGGUCGUUCGAAAGCAAGUUUGUCGAACAGAAGAAUACGGCGAACGCAGUCCGGGAUGUUGUUCCAGUACCGAGCGGUAAGAAAAAGCGGUGAUGCUCGCCGGUUUCUAUGCCAAUAUGCGGUCGACCACAGUACCAGUGGCUGGAGGCAUGAUGAAACCGCCACUGGAUUUAUUCGACCAAUCGCACUGAGGUGUUUUGACUACCUCUGA